UGUCGAGCGAGUGCGCGGCCGUCUUCUGCAGGGAGCGGAGAUGGCGAAACGGACGAUCGGCGUUGUGCUAUUUCAGCAACUCGUCGGCCGCCCUUCCCCGCUGCCCCCUCCGCUGACAACAACCACGGCAACAACCAUCACGACUUGAUCUCUCACCCAGUACUAGUGUCGGAAGGAGGACUGCACCGGUUGCUUGUGACAUUGACUGGUUUUUGGCGGGUUUUUUGUAUUUGUAUUUUUUUUUUUUGAAAAACGGUUUGAAACACUUUCCGAUUCACUCACUUUCGAACCUUAAACGCGCUCUCUCAGUCCUUCUCCUCACAGUCAAGGCUGCUCUACACGGGGACUCGUAUCACAGCAACAAGACAAAAACCGGGGAUACAUAUCACAUCUGCUCGAAAAUGGCCAAUCCUCAAGGAGAAAGCAAUCCUGCAACUGCUGUUGCCGAAACCGCUUGGUUUUCCGACACAAUCGCACUGGCCCAGCCGCAGCUCGUGCAGCUGUCGCCCAAUGGGCAGUUUGUUGCGACGGCAGUCCAAACGCGCCUAGUUGUGCGCUCCACAGAGUCGAUGGAGACGGUGGCAUUGUUCGCAUGCGGAGACGAAAUCGACGCGAUUGAAUGGGCGGCGGACUCUGUGCACAUUCUGGCUGCGUCGCUGAAAAAGGGCAGUCUCCAAGCAUUCCGCCUGCAGUCGACCUGGUCUGCUCGAAUCGAUGACGAGCUUACCGGCAUCUCGGCGUGCCGCUGGGCUCCUGAUGCAAGCGCUGUUCUCUGCACGAGCAACUAUUCGAUGCGAAUUAUCGUGUGGCACAUUGCAACCGGGGUUGCGUACCAAAUCAAAAACCCCAAAUCCGCCUCUGGCAUGUCCUUUUCGCCGAACGGCAAGCUCUUUGCCAUGCUGCAGCGCACAGAUUGCUCUGACACUCUGGAGAUCUUUAGCACCACCACUUGGCAGCUGCUUCAGCGAUUUGCGAUCGACCUGAGUGAUGCUGCAGAUUUCGUCUGGGCUGCCUCGAGUGGAUGUGUGUUCAUUUGGAACAGCAGCACCAAGUUUGCCAUGAUGUGCUACGGGCUCGAAGGCACUGUCAUGUGGCGGUACAACGCAAACGAUACCGCGCUCGGCAUUCGAAGCGCGAUCUUGUCAUCGGACGGCCAUGUUCUCGCCAUCGGCAGCUGCGACGAUAAAGUUCGUCUGGUUAACACGCUCACCGGAGCGUUGAUUGCCGAGUUGGAUCACUCUCUGGGAUCGUUUGUUCCAACCACCACUGUCGUUCGAGAACAAGUUGGAGAUGCUUCUCAUUCAGCAGUCUCGAGUCAAUUUGUCUCUGCGAGUGCUCGUGCUGCAGCAAUUGCCACAAGUGGACCUUAUAAAGUUGAUCGAAAUGCAAUCACCUCGUUGCCGUCCAGGCCAGAACCGGCGGCGUCCUCUUCUUCGACAAAGCCCGCACAACCGGUGAAGAACGGCGUUGGCUGGUUGCUGUUUGAUUCUGGCCACAAUCUUCUUGCCACGAAGCAUGACAACUAUCCCAGCGUGAUUUGGAUUUGGAGCACCGUGGAAGCAGAGUUGCUCGCUUGCGUCAUUAGCAAUGCUCCUUGCCGAGGCGCGCAGUGGCACCCGUCUCUUUCGCAACUGGGCUUGGUCGCUUCCUCGAACAAGCUCUUUGUGUGGAGUGCACGGGAAGAGCCACGCACUGUUCUGCUCAAUGACGAAACCUUCAAGGUCCAGAGCAUUGCUUGGAGCGCAGAUGGAACCUUUGCUCUUCUGGCGGCCGCGGAUCGAUGGUGCUUGUCUUGGCCGACUUCGCAAAAUGCAGCAACUGCACAACAGCGCCAGCAGCAGCAGUCUGCUCCGACGGCAUCGGUGGGCCCCAACAGCAAAUUUGCUGCCGUCUCAACUGGCAUUCCGACCGAAAACCGAGCAAUCAACGGAAGGACUGCCACUCAGUUUGCGCCGACCACCAGAGUCCCCACCGGCACCCGCAGCAGCAGCAGUGUUGCGUCGAGCACUUCAGGUCCCAGUGCGCGCACAGUUUCCUCGUCCGCUCGACCUUUGUCGACGUCUGCGAAUCCCACAGGAACACGACGCGUGUAAUGGCACGGUUUGGUGCUCGUUGGUGCGUUGCAGUCCGACGAUGACGAGAGGAGAAUGCAGAGAUUUGUUCGCCCAA